UGGCUGGGAUGGAUGUGGAUGUGGUUGUGGAUGGAGGUGUCCGUGCCGAUGACGGUGCAUUGACACGCGCGACAAGUCAAAGGUGGACGAGGCUGAUGAUGAUUUUUAAUGGCGCAUGCUCGCCAAAAAUGUACAAAAAUCAAUGAUCCUAGCUAGACGCAGUGUAUUGCUGUGCAGCAGGGCUCUACACCUACUGGUUGGAAAAGGAUAACUGUAGUGUGUAACGGUUGUACGGUACGCCAUCUUGCGUACACUAACUACUACGGCAAAAGUUGUACGGUUGUAUUGGAGCAGAACCAUUGUGACCAGAUGUGCCCAAAGCGGAGCAUGUAUCCAACAUGAACACAUACUCGCACACAAACAUACAUACAUCUGCAUAUACAUAACUGUAUACAUAUAUGCUUGUAGACAUAUAACGGCAGUAUAAAAAGCAUCAAUAGUUUUUACUGAGCACAACGCUUAAAUGUUUUUGCUCAAUAAAUUAGCCAAAUUGCAAGUAGUUCCAAGAAGUGCAAAAAUAAACCUGAAAAGAAGAAAAAAUACAAUUUCCAGACUAGCGUCUGGCUGUGUGAUGUAUUUUGUUUACGUAUUUAUGUUUCUGUGGCAGUGUCUGUGUCUCUCUCGGUACAUCUGUUUCAUUUUCUCUCUCUCGCUCUCUGGGGUUGCUUGUCGUCGGUGAUUGUCGCUCACAUUUUCGUACCCGCGGGUCAGUUCAUCGUUACAGCUCGAAUAGUAAGCAAGCAUGGAUGAAAGCGCUUAAUUGUUUUGCAUUUCAAAACGAAUUAUAAAAUAAUACAAAAAAAUAUGUUUUUCUGCGGUCUCUUAUCUAAAUUGUGAUAUUGGUUGUACAUUUUUAUUAACAUCAGCCAAUUGAAUUGAAUUGACUUAAAUUUAAAUAAAGAAAGUCAGCGUCUCUGUGUGUUUUUUUGUAUUUUACGUCAACGUAAACAUCGUCGUCGUCGCUCAAGCAAAAAAAUCAAUACUGUGAAAAAUCAAUAAUUAGAUAAGCAGAAAAACUACAAUUUUCGUGUCAAAAAUCUCAGCACAAACUUUCAUAAAUAACCAAAUUGCAAAGAAGUCGAAGUGUGGAACUUGAGUUUUUCAACAAAAAGAGAAAAAUUGUCAAGUUGGAAUUGCAGCAACUAAUAAGGACUACCGAAAGUAACAGAAAGAACAAUUUAUCAAGAUGGCAAAUAUAGCAUCUCAAACCCGAUCCCACUAUACACCCUAUGGAUCCAUGACAAUAUCAUCAGCAAUACCAGCAAUAACAACAACAAUAACCGCAUCGGAUCAAGUGGACGAUAGUACGAACGCGUCAAGAUUGCUCAAACUGUAUAGAAUGAAUGAGAAAUAUCAGCGCGAGGACGAACGCUUGAAGACAUAUACAAAUUGGCCAGUGCCCUUUCUGGACUGUCAUACGUUGGCCAAAACGGGCAUGUACUUCACCAACGAGGACGACAAGGUCAAGUGCUAUUUUUGUGAAGUGGAAAUCGGUCGCUGGGAACCCGGUGAUCAACCUGUAUCUGAGCACCUACGCUGGUCCCCCAAUUGUCCUCUGCUGCGUCGUCGCCCCACCAACAACAUACCCAUCAGUGCCGAGGCACUCGACGCCAUUCUGCCACCCAUCAGCUAUGACAUAUGUGGCUCCAACAAUUCGGUUUUAGAGGUCCACGACACCGCCUACUCGGAGGGUCGGCAAUCGGACAUGCAGUCGACGAGCGCGAUUUCCUCCACACCAGCCGAAGUUUUUACAUCGUUGCAACCAUGCAGUCGUCCACAGGCGGGUGCCUCAAGCGGUGGCUCCUUUUAUCCCGCAUCUCCCGAGUAUGCUAUCGAAACAGCUCGUUUGCGCAGUUUCGCGGAUUGGCCACUCAACAUGAAACAAAAGCCCCAACAGCUCGCCGAGGCGGGUUUCUACUAUACGGGCGUUGGCGAUCGCGUUCGCUGUUUCAGUUGCGGCGGCGGCUUAAAGGACUGGGACGAUCAGGACGAACCCUGGGAACAGCAUGCCCUCUGGCUGAAACAGUGUCGUUAUGUGAAGCUCAUUAUGGGUCAGCGCUUUGUGGAUGCUGUGGCCGAGAAGGCGGCGGCAGCGCGGCAAGGCGAACAGGAUGCUGUCCACAAGCCAGAAUGCAACGACGACGAGGAGCAACAGCAGCAGCUACUCUCAACCAAUGCAACAAGCACUGUUACUGCUGCAUCAGACACAGCUCCAAUUGCGGUUGCUGCUGCCUCACCUGCCGCUAUCCCGGCUACAAUGGAGUGUGGCGAUGUGGUGCCAGCUGCAGCAUCCACAGCUGCCUCCCGCAUCCACGAGAAAAUGAUGUCUCAAGAUAUCUGCAGCGAAGGCGCUGCAGGAGAAAAGACGCUGGUACGCGAGGAGAAACUGUGCAAGAUUUGCUAUGCCGAGGAAUACAAUACGGCAUUUCUGCCCUGCGGCCAUGUGGUGGCCUGCGCCAAGUGCGCCUCGUCCGUGACAAAGUGUCCACUGUGCCGGAAGCCCUUCACCGAUGUUAUGCGUGUUUAUUUUUCUUAGACGGUCGUUGUAAAUUAAAAACUUAUCAGCAGGAACACUUCCCGCGAACACAGAAUAUUGCCGGAUUGCCGAGAGCGUGGCACGGCCAGCUGUUGGUGAUCUAAACUGAUCCUUCAGCUGGCCGUAACACAAAAUAAAGCUUGAUUCAAUUAGAACUAAAAUAAUAUUAAUCAAUUCAAGUAAAUAACUAAGUGUGUAGUAUGUAAAGCUUGUAUUAAAUUUGAACUGUAAUAAUAUUAAUCAAUUCAUGUACAAUUUAAACAUAUAAACAUAAAUCUAUCCAUAAAGCAUGCCUUAGUGGGCGGACUGGGUUCCGAAUUCAUUUUCUCGAAAUAAGGUAAGCAAUUGCAUUAAAACUAUGAUAAGGCCUCAAUUUGCUGACUUGUAGUCUCUUAGAUUGCAGACUUAUUAAAAGAGCACAAUAUAUUAUUAAUA